AUCGGCGCGAGCAGCCAGCCAAGCGUCAUCUCCGCGCGCGCAGUGGUGAGGAGGCGGCGGCGGCGGCGAUGUCGGCGCCGUCCGCGGAGCCCUGGCCGGCGUCGGUUCCCAGGAUCACGCCGGAGGUGCUGCGCGAGACGCUGCGCUACUACAACCUGAGCCGGCAGGAGUUCAUCAGCACGUACAAGAUCCCGCCGCUGGUGUACGUGGCGGAGCUGCCGCGCGGCGCCAAGACGGCGUUCGUGGUCAUCUACGCGCUGAUCUUCGCGCUGGCGCUGAGCGGCAACAGCCUGGUGCUGUCGGUGGUGCUGAGGAAGCGCGCCGCGCGCACCGCCACCGACGUCUUCAUCUGCUCGCUGGCCGUCAGCGACCUGCUCAUCACUUUCUUCUGCGUGCCCUUCACGCUGCUGCAGAACAUCACCUCGCAGUGGGUCGGAGGCGUGCUGGUCUGCAAGACGGUUCCCUUCGUGCAGACCACGGCGGUGGUGACGGGCAUCCUCACCAUGACCUGCAUCGCCAUCGAGAGAUACUUGGGCAUCGUUUUCCCGCUUCGAAUGAGGCGACGCUCCACAUCCAGGAGAGCGUACAAGAUGCUGGGGCUGGUGUGGCUGGCCUCGGUGAUGGUGGGCUCGCCCAUGCUGUUUGUGCAGCAGCUCAAAGUCAAGUACGACUUUGUGUACGACCGCCACCACGUGUGCUGCCAGGAGAUGUGGCGCUCGCUGAGCGACCGGCGGGCGUACACCACCUUCAUCAUGGCGGCCCUGUUCCUGCUCCCGCUGGCCGCCAUGCUCUUCCUCUACACCCGCAUCGCCUUUGAGCUGUGGAUACGCAAGAGGGUGGGCGACUCGUCGGUCCUCAACACCAUGAAUCAACGGGAGCUGGUCAAGAUGGACAGGAAGAAGAAGAGAGCCGUCAAGAUGAUGAUCAUCAUCGUUCUGCUGUUCACCGUUUGCUGGGCACCUUUCCACACGGUCCACAUGCUCUUCGAAUACUACGACCUGGAGAAGAAAUACGACGACGUGACGCUCAACAUGACGGUGGCCGUGGUGCAGGCCGUCGGCUUCUUCAACAGCUUCAACAACCCCAUCGUGUACGCCUUCAUGAACGAGAACUUCAAGAAGAGCUGCGUCUCGGCGCUGUCGCGCUGCACGCGGCAGCCCGGCCAGCGGGCCGAGGUCCAGGCGCCGCCCGUGCGCUUCAUCAAGUUGCAAACCAGAGAGGCCUUCCUCGAGUUGGACUCUAGCGACGGCCCCAAGCGGCGCGGGGCCGACGGGGGUCCGUCCGCUUCGUCGCGUGGCGAGAGCUCCCCGGGGGAGGUCGGGGAAAAGCGCUCCACCGUUCAAACGGAGCUCGCCGCAAACUCCGACUCUUCGGGGAAAUGAGCACCAAGUGCCGAGGCGCCGGGAGAUGGAGGAGAUUUGGACAGGGGGGACUUUGGAGCUGGUCGUGGCAAAUCCAAGUGGCCAUUUUCCAAUUAAGCUCGUCUGAACUGAGAACGGGGUCCGUUCAGCCGUAGUCCAGAUGAGUCCGUGACUGCCAGAAGGUCUUUGAAGAGUCUUCAGGGUUGAAUGUUUCUUGUCGUGUUCGCUUCAUGUUGCAGCUGAGACGUAGUAUCGUACUCUUGGGGGUAUUUCAAAAAGUC